AUGCCAAAGGAAUCGUUACCGACGGAGGAGGAGAUUGAGAUGCCAAAGGAAUCGUUGAGUGAUUGCGCGCCUUCAUCGGUUAAGAAAAAUAAACAUAUUGCCGGUCUUGUUCGGAUUUAUGAUGAUUCCUCUAACAACACCUUUUUACGUGUCACUAAUGUAUCUGAUCCAUCUAAAGGGGAAAGGGUAUAUUGCAUGAAUGAACACCCCAAUUUUUUGAUGAGGACUACUUUUACUAUACUUAAAGCAUGGCAACUUGUUUGA